CAGUAAACAAGUGGGAAUUUCCUGGCCUGCGCCCAGCAUGGCGGGAAUUCUGUGCAGCUUGGGGAAUCAUUGCACCUCAGUCAUUGGUGCCAUGGCAUCUUUUGGCUGAGUGCCCAUGGGCCUCAAGCACUUGGCACUAGUAUUGAGACUUGCUCCAGCAUCGCUUUUGGACGGAACUGACAGGUAAGGACACCUCUCACUGAUGUCACUAGGUAUGCUUAGCCACCAGCCCGGAGAAAGGACUCCUCUGAUGAGCCACCUCAGUGAACUUGGGGCAGGAUGUGAGGGAGAGAAAGAAGGAAGAGAAAUUGCAAGCAGGGGAGGGAACUUGGGCAGACUGGGCAGGCGAACCCAGGAAGGUGGCAGCAAAGAAUUCCCAAGGUUCAAAUGCUGGGAAAAUAUACUAGUCACACACUAUUCCUGGUCGCCUGGCCCCAUGGCUCUCCUGCCAUGUUCUCCCUGGGACUCAUGUUGUUGGGCUGGGUGGGCCUGCUCCUGGGACACCCCCAGUGCUUGGAUUAUGGACCACCUUUCCGUCCUUCUCUCCACCUGGAGUUUUGCUCUGACUAUGACUCCUUCGGCUGCUGUGAUCGGCGCAAGGACCACCGCAUAGCUGCCCGGUACUGGGACAUCAUGAACUACUUUGACCUGAAAGGCCAUGAACUGUGUGGAGGUUACAUUAAAGACAUCCUUUGCCAGGAGUGCUCUCCUUAUGCAGCCCACCUCUAUGAUGCUGAGAACCCUCAGACACCCCUCAGGAACCUUCCAGGCCUCUGCUCUGACUACUGCUCUGCCUUCCAUCACAACUGCCAUGCUGCCAUCUCCCUGCUGACCAACGACCGUAGUCUCAGGGAGUCCCAUGAAAAAGAUGGCGCUCGCUUCUGCCACCUCCUCAACCUUCCUGAUGAGGACUAUUGCUUCCCCAACGUCCUAAGGAACAAUCAACUGAACCGCAACCUGGGAGUGGUGGCUGAAGACCAGCAGGGCUGCCUGCAGCUUUGCCUGGCCGAGGUGGCCAAUGGGCUGAGGAACCCGGUGGCCAUGGUGCAUGCUGGGGACGGCACCCAUCGCUUCUUUGUUGCUGAGCAGGUAGGAGUGGUGUGGGUCUACCUGCCUGAUGGGAGUCGCCUGGAACAGCCCUUCCUGGACCUCAAGAGCAUGGUGCUGACCACACCCUGGAUUGGCGAUGAGAGAGGUUUCUUGGGGCUGGCUUUUCAUCCCAAAUUCCGCAACAACCGCAAGUUCUACAUUUAUUACUCAUGCCUGGGCAAAAGGAAGGUGGAGAAAAUCCGGAUAAGUGAGAUGAAGGUUUCUCUGUCUGACCCUAACAAAGCAGAUCCCAAAUCAGAGAGGGUCAUCUUGGAGAUAGAUGAACCAGCCUCAAACCACAAUGGUGGACAGCUUCUCUUUGGCCUGGAUGGUUAUCUGUACAUAUUCACUGGGGAUGGAGGGCAGGCUGGGGAUCCCUUUGGCAAGUUUGGAAAUGCUCAGAACAAAAGUUCUCUGCUGGGGAAAGUGCUGAGGAUUGGUGUGAAUGGGGCUGGCACGGAUGGCCAGCGGUACCAAGUGCCCCCGGACAAUCCCUUUGUUUCUGAGCCAGGUGCCCACCCUGCUGUCUAUGCCUAUGGGGUCAGAAAUAUGUGGCGCUGUGCUGUGGACCGAGGGGACCCUACUACCCGCCAGGGCCGUGGUCGGAUAUUCUGUGGUGAUGUGGGCCAGAACAAAUUUGAAGAAGUUAACCUCAUCUUUAAAGGCGGGAACUAUGGCUGGAGGGCAAAGGAAGGAUUUGAAUGUUAUGACAAGAAACUUUGUCAUAAUGCUUCCUUAGAUGACAUUCUGCCCAUCUAUGCUUACGGCCAUGAGGUGGGAAAGUCAGUCACUGGAGGGUAUGUCUACCGUGGGUGCGAAUUCCCCAAUCUCAAUGGCCUCUACAUCUUUGGGGACUUCAUGAGUGGCCAACUUAUGGCUUUGCAGGAAGAUAGGAAGACUAAGAGAUGUAGGAAGCAAGACAUCUGCCUGGGCAAUGCAUCCUGUGCCUUCCCUGGCUUGAUCAGGGCCUACAGCAGGUUCAUCAUCUCCUUUGCUGAAGAUGAAGCAGGGGAGCUGUAUUUCCUGGCCACCUCCUACCCAAGUGCCUAUGCACCACAUGGAUCUAUUUACAAAUUUGUCGACCCCUCAAGGCGAGCCCCACCAGGUGCAUGCAGAUACAAGCCCGUGCCAGUGAAAACCAAAACCAAGAAGACCCCAUUCCGGCCACUCGCUGCCACAGUUUUGGACUCACUGAAGGAGGAGUCCCAGAGAGCGACUCGAAGACCGUCCAAUGCAAGCUUAGCUUCUGACUCAGACAAGACUGCAUCUCAGAAUGGCUCCCCCAAGAAGCCAACUUCUUCCACAAGCAGAAAGAAAACUUCAAGAGGGCCUGGUACCAAGAAGAGAGGCAGAGUGUGGUCCCCAGGUCCCCAGGGCAAGAGGAAGCAGGAUCUCCACACCAGAAGUGCUGGGAUAAGGCAGGGGGCACAGCAGAAGUCACCAGGCAGAAGCCAACAGUGACCUCU